AUGGUGAUUAUGGCCAUUCUACUGGUGACUUUCGCUUGGGACAUCCGUGGGCACAACAACGUUGCCGCCUUCAUUACGAUGCUGAUUGGCGUGAUCUUCAGUGGAGUGUCAUGCAACUACGGCAGCAGUGUGUUCCUGGGCCACAUGGAGCGCAUGCCAUCGUGGCAGAUCACCUCGUGGUUGUCUGGAACUGGAUUGUCUGGUGUUGCUGCCCCACUCAUAUUUCUUGGGUUGACCUCUGCUGGCAUGAACAACAUACAGAUCUUAUUGCAGAGCAUUAUUUUCGUCGUUAUCUACUGA